CAAGCAGAACUAUGAUCACAGAUUGCGAGGAAAGAAUGGGACAAUUUAUGGAGAUGGGAGCUAUUUUGCUGUAGACGCUUCCUACAGUAAUGACUACAGCGAUCCAGGUGGAGAUAAGACGAGAUUCAUGUUCUUAGUAAGAGUUUUGACGGGGGAAUCUAAGCUCGGAAUGCAAGAUUUUCGUCGACCACCUCUGAAAGAUCCAAGCAAUCCUGCCAGCGAUUUGUACGAUUCAUGCGUCGACGACGAAAAUCAACCAAAGAUCUUUGUCAUAUUUAAUGACGAACAAUGCUAUCCUUCUUAUCUAAUUCAGUAUCAGCUGCUAUAG